CCCCGCGCCGCCCUCCCGCGCCGCGCCGCCGCCGCCAGCAGCCGGGCCCGUCCGCCGCGCCCGGUGCCCCCCUCGGUGCCGCCCGCCGCAUGGCGCUCCGGGGCUUCUGCAGCGCCGAUGGCUCCGACCCCGUCUGGGACUGGAACCUCACGUGGUACACCAGCAACCCCGACUUCACCAAGUGCUUUCAGAACACCGUGCUCGUGUGGGUGCCUUGCUGUUACCUCUGGGCUUGCUUCCCCUUCUACUUCCUCUAUCUCUCCCAUCAUGACCGGGGCUACAUCCAGAUGACACAUCUCAAUAAAGCCAAAACUGCCUUGGGAUUUUUGCUGUGGAUCGUCUGCUGGGCAGACCUCUUCUACUCUUUCUGGGAAAGAAGUCGGGGCAUAUUCCUGGCCCCAGUGUUUCUGGUCAGCCCAACCCUUUUGGGCAUCACCAUGCUGCUCGCUACCUUUUUAAUUCAGCUCGAGAGAAGGAAGGGCGUCCAGUCCUCAGGGGUCAUGCUCACCUUCUGGCUCGUAGCCCUGGUGUGUGCCCUUGCCAUCUUGAGAUCCAAAAUCAUGAAUGCCUUAAAAGAGGACGCCCGGAUCGACGCGUUCCGCGACGCCACGUUCUACGUCUACGCCGCCCUCGUGCUCGUGCAGCUCGUGCUGUCGUGUUUCUCAGACCGCGCGCCCCUGUUCUCCGAGACCAUCAACGACCCCAAUCCUUGCCCGGAAUCCGGUGCCUCCUUCCUUUCCAGGAUCACCUUCUGGUGGAUCACAGGGUUGAUGAUCCGGGGCUACCGCCAGCCCCUGGAGGGCAGUGACCUCUGGUCCCUCAACAGGGAGGACACGUCGGAACAAGUUGUGCCUGUGCUGGUAAAGAACUGGAAGAAGGAAUGUGCCAAGUGUAGGAAGCAGCCGGUGAAGAUCACGUACUCCUCUAAGGAGGCCGCCAAGCCGAAAGGAGGCUCCAAGCUGGACGUGAACGAGGAGGCGGAGGCCUUGAUCGUCAAGUCCCCGCAGAAGGACCGGGAGCCCUGUCUGUUCAAGGUGUUAUAUAAGACCUUCGGGCCCUACUUCCUCAUGAGCUUCCUGUUCAAGGCCAUCCACGACCUGAUGAUGUUUGCCGGCCCCGAGCUCUUGAAGCUGCUCAUCAACUUCGUGAACGACACGGAGGCCCCGGGCUGGCAGGGCUACCUGUACACGGGGCUGCUGUUCGUCAGCGCCUGCCUGCAGACCCUCGUGCUGCACCAGUACUUCCACAUCUGCUUCGUCAGCGGCAUGAGGGUCAAGACCGCCGUCAUCGGUGCCGUCUAUCGGAAGGCCUUGGUGAUCACCAACUCAGCCAGAAAGUCCUCCACGGUCGGGGAGAUCGUCAACCUCAUGUCUGUGGACGCCCAGAGGUUCAUGGACUUGACCACGUACAUUAACAUGAUCUGGUCGGCCCCUCUGCAAGUCUUCCUCGCGCUCUACCUCCUGUGGCUGAACCUAGGCCCUCCCAUCCUGGCUGGGGUGGCUGUGAUGAUCCUCAUGGUGCCCAUCAAUGCUGUCAUGGCGAUGAAGACCAAGACCUACCAGGUGGCGCAAAUGAAGAGCAAGGACAACCGGAUCAAGCUGAUGAAUGAAAUUCUCAACGGGAUCAAAGUGCUCAAGCUCUACGCCUGGGAGCUGGCGUUCAAGGACAAGGUGCUGGCCAUCAGGCAGGAGGAGCUGCAGGUGCUGAAGAAGUCGGUCUACCUGGCAGCCGUGGGCACCUUCACCUGGGUCUGCACGCCUUUCCUGGUAGCCCUUUGCACCUUUGCCGUCUACGUGACCGUGGACAAGAACAAUGUCCUGGACGCCCAGAAAGCCUUCGUGUCCUUGGCCCUGUUCAACAUCCUCCGGUUCCCUCUGAACAUCCUGCCCAUGGUGAUCAGCAGCAUCGUGCAGGCCAGCGUCUCCCUGAAACGCCUCAGGAUCUUCCUCUCCCACGAGGAGCUGGAGCCCGACAGCAUCGAGCGGCGGCCUCUCAAAGACGGGGGCGGGGGGACCGACAGCAUCACCGUGAAGAACGCCACCUUCACCUGGGCCAGGAACGACCCUCCUACACUGAAUGGCAUCACCUUCUCCGUGCCGGAAGGGGCGCUGGUGGCCGUGGUGGGCCAGGUGGGCUGUGGAAAGUCGUCUCUGCUCUCAGCCCUCCUGGCUGAGAUGGACAAGGUGGAGGGGCACGUGACCAUCAAGGGCUCGGUGGCCUACGUGCCCCAGCAGGCCUGGAUUCAGAAUGACUCUCUCCAAGAAAACAUCCUUUUUGGACGCCAGCUGCAGGAACGGUAUUACAAGGCUGUGAUAGAGGCCUGUGCCCUCCUCCCAGACCUGGAAAUCCUGCCCAGCGGGGACCGGACAGAGAUUGGCGAGAAGGGCGUGAACCUGUCUGGGGGCCAGAAGCAGCGCGUGAGCCUGGCCCGGGCCGUGUACUGCAACACCGACGUUUACCUCUUCGACGACCCCCUCUCGGCGGUGGACGCCCACGUGGGAAAACACAUAUUCGAAAACGUGAUCGGCCCCAAGGGGAUGCUGAAGAGCAAGACGCGGGUCCUGGUCACACACGGCAUCAGCUACCUGCCGCAGGUGGACGUCAUCAUCGUCAUGAGUGGCGGCAAGAUCUCCGAGAUGGGCUCCUACCAGGAGCUGCUGGCCCGGGACGGGGCCUUCGCCGAGUUCCUGCGCACGUACGCCCUCGCGGAGCAGGAGCAGGCCUCGGAGGACGACGGCAGCCAGGUGACAGACUCGGAGGAAGAAGGGAUGACGGGCGUCAGCAGUCCGGGGAAGGAGGCCAAGCAGAUGGAGAACGGCGUGCUGGUGACGGCCCCCGAGGGCAGGCAGAUGCAGAGGCAGCUCAGCAGCUCCUCCUCCUACAGCGGGGACGCCGGCCGCCACCACGGCAGCGCGGCCGAGCUGCAGAAGGCCGGGGCCAACAAGGAGGAGACCUGGAAGCUGAUGGAGGCGGACAAGGCUCAGACCGGGCAGGUGAAGCUGUCCGUGUACUGGGACUACAUGAAGGCUAUCGGGGUGUUCAUCUCCUUCCUGAGCAUCGUCCUCUUCCUGUGCAACAACGUGGCCGCCCUGUCCUCCAACUACUGGCUCAGUCUCUGGACCGACGACCCCAUCGUCAACGGGACCCAGGAGCACACGAAGCUCCGCCUCGGCGUCUACGGAGCCCUGGGCAUCUCGCAAGGUAUUGCCGUGUUCGGCUACUCCAUGGCGGUGUCCAUCGGGGGGAUCUUUGCCUCCCGCCGGCUGCACCUCAACCUGCUGCACAACGUCCUGCGGUCGCCCAUGAGCUUCUUCGAGCGGACGCCCAGCGGGAACCUGGUGAACCGCUUCUCCAAGGAGCUGGACACGGUGGACUCGAUGAUCCCGCAGGUCAUCAAGAUGUUCAUGGGCUCCCUGUUCAAUGUCAUCGGCGCCUGCAUCAUCAUCCUGCUGGCCACGCCCAUCGCCGCUGUCAUCAUCCCGCCCCUGGGCCUGCUCUACUUCUUCGUCCAGAGGUUCUACGUGGCGUCGUCCCGGCAGCUGAAGCGCCUGGAGUCGGUGCGCUGCUCGCCGGUGUACUCCCACUUCAACGAGACCCUGCUGGGCGUCAGCGUCAUCCGCGCCUUCGGGGAGCAGGAGCGCUUCAUCCGCCAGAGCGACCUGAAGGUGGACGAGAGCCAGAAGGCCUACUACCCCAGCAUCGUGGCCAACAGGUGGCUGGCCGUGCGGCUGGAGUACGUUGGCAACUGCAUUGUCCUGUUCGCCUCCCUGUUCGCGGUGAUGUCCCGGCACAGCCUGAGCGCCGGCUUGGUGGGCCUGUCGGUGUCUUACUCGUUGCAGAUCACCACGUACUUGAACUGGCUGGUUCGGAUGUGGUCUGAGACGGAGGCCAACAUCGUGGCCGUGGAGAGACUCAAGGAGUAUUCAGAGACGGAGAAGGAGGAAGUUCCGCCUGCUGCUCUCCAAGGCCCUCUCACUAGGUUCUUACAGCACGUCUCCUUCGAUUACGCUCCCUGGCAGAUCCAGGAGACAUCUCCGCCCAGCACCUGGCCCCAGGCGGGCCGGGUGGAGUUCCGGAACUACGGCCUGCGCUACCGGGAGGACCUGGACUUGGUUCUGAAGAACAUCAACAUCACCAUCAACGGGGGAGAGAAGGUUGGCAUCGUGGGGCGGACGGGAGCCGGGAAGUCGUCCCUGACCCUGGGGUUGUUUCGGAUCAAUGAGUCCGCGGAAGGGGAGAUCGUCAUCGAUGGCGUCAACAUCGCCAAGAUCGGCCUGCACAACCUCCGCGCCAAGAUCACCAUCAUCCCCCAGGACCCCGUCCUGUUUUCGGGCUCCCUCCGCAUGAACCUGGACCCGUUCAGCCAGUACUCGGACGAAGAAGUCUGGACGUCCCUGGAGCUGGCGCACCUGAAGGGCUUCGUGUCCUCCCUCCCCGACAAGCUGGACCACGAGUGUGCGGAGGGCGGGGAGAACCUCAGCAUCGGGCAGCGCCAGCUCGUGUGCCUGGCCCGGGCCCUGCUGAGGAAGACGAAGAUCCUCGUGCUGGACGAGGCCACGGCGGCCGUGGACCUGGAGACGGACGACCUCAUCCAGUCCACCAUCCGGACGCAGUUCGAGGACUGCACCGUGCUCACCAUCGCGCACCGCCUGAACACCAUCAUGGACUACACGAGGGUGAUCGUCCUGGACAAAGGAGAAAUCCGGGAGUGCGGCGCCCCCUCUGACCUCCUCCAGCAGAGAGGACUCUUCUACGACAUGGCCAAAGAUGCCGGCUUGGCGUGAGCCCUAGAGCCGGCACGUCUGGUCGGAACGGCAGGGCCAGUGUGCCAGCGUUCAGGGCAUCAGCAUCCUUGGGAAGCCAAGCCUCCUAUGCUGAAACCAAAAAAUACCCAAAAAGCAAAAACUCACCCAAAGCAGUCGCAGCCACCCUCCAGCCCCCUUCCUGGAACCGGCCGUGAAGACACAGGAUAGAGACGGAGAUGCAGCCCACCC